GUCAGGCGUCACUUGACGACGUAUACAGGGGCACAGGGCUCAGGUUUUCCUUCAAAUUGCGCCGAAAUACUCGAGAUUUCUUGGAUUUUUUUACUUGUUUAUUCUAUUCUCCUUCCGGCGCCUCUCUAGUCUAUUCUCCUUCCUCGUCGAGUCGUCGUCUUCUUCGAUCCACUCUUUCCCCCAUCCCUAUCUCCCUACUUUCCACGCAACUGCGUUUCCCCCGGACUCUUCUUCCACGAUUCCGUUGGACCCCUACCGCUCCUCAGUCAGUCCUCGCCCCUCCCAGCACCGGCCAACAAUCCCUCACGUUAUUCCCUGUAGCUACUAUGCUGCCCUCUUGGAUCCCUUUUUCACUUGUCUGAGAUUUAGCCACCGCCCGGUAGGAAGAAGAAGGGGAAGCACCAUAUUUUCUGUUCCUGGCCUGACGCAGCGCCGGUGAGAUUUCAGUCCGGGAUCGGCAACGCUGGGAGGACUCGCGUGUGAUUUACGCCGACUUCCGUGCCGCUCUAGGAAGGGUCACGUCGAGGAGGCUUUUGCCGACGCGGAUUUGCCUGGAGCCAGCCAAGCAGAGCGCAGAAUUGGGGGUGUUUGGCCGUGCAAAGCCAGAAAGUUCUCGGUUUGGCUGCCGAAACCGCUUGAGGCGACCACCAUCUCAUGGUCGUAGUGGUCCGGGUCCGGCACAAGUAGGGGCUCGCGUCUUGCGCUUGGCAGUUGUGGGAAGCCAUGGAGCCGUCGUCGUCCAUCACGUUCGCGUCGUCGUCGUCGUACCUGUCCAACGGCUCGAGCCCCUGUUCCGUCGCGCUGCCGCCGCCAGGGCCGCCCCAGACUCCCCCGUUGCCUGCCGGCCAGGGGUGGGGUGGUGGAGUCGCUGCCGCAGGGAGCGGAGGCAGCGUGGAGGCCGUGAGCCUGAACCGGCUCAGCAAAAACCUCGAGCGGCUGCUCCUCGACCCGGACCUAGACUGCAGCGACGCCGACGUCGAUGUGCCCGACGGUGGGCCGCCCGUACCCAUCCACCGCUGCAUCCUUGCCGCACGCAGCGACUUCUUCUACGACCUCUUCGCCGCUCGCGGCCGCGCAGGGGCAGCGCGCGGUGAUGCGGCCGCCGGCGCCGGAGUAGCCGCGGAGGGGGCUGCCAGUGGAAGGCCGCGGUACAAGAUGGAGGAUCUCGUUCCCGCCGGCCGCGUGGGGCGCGAGGCCUUCCAGGCGUUUCUGGGGUACCUGUACACCGGCAAGCUCCGGCCGGCACCGGUCGACGUGGUGUCUUGUGCUGACCCAGUGUGCCAUCACGAUUCGUGCCCGCCGGCCAUCAGGUCCGCGGUCGAGCUCAUGUACGCGGCGUGUACCUUCAAGAUCCCCGAGCUCACCUCGCUCUUCCAGCGCCGGCUUCUUAAUUUUGUAGACAAGACUCUAGUGGAGGAUGUUAUUCCUAUUCUGGAAGUUGCUUCCCACUCAGGGCUGACUCAAGUGAUCGACAAAUGUAUUCAAAGGAUUGCUAGAUCAGAUCUCGACGAUAUAUCUUUGGAUAAGGAGCUCCCUCCAGAAGCAGUUGAUGAGAUAAAAAAUUUGCGCAAGAAGUCACAAACUGCUGAUGGUGAUACGUUCAUUUCGGACCCUGUGCAUGAGAAAAGAGUCAGAAGAAUCCACAGGGCACUUGACUCUGAUGAUGUUGAGCUUGUGAAGUUGCUUCUUAAUGAGUCCGACAUCACAUUAGAUGAUGCCAACGCAUUACACUAUGCUGCUUCUUACUGUGAUCCUAAAGUUGUCUCAGAGCUGUUAGAUUUGGCAAUGGCUAACUUAAAUUUGAAGAAUAGCCGUGGGUACACAGCACUCCACUUGGCUGCUAUGAGGAGAGAACCAGCUAUAAUCAUGUGUCUCCUUAACAAAGGGGCAAAUGUGUCACAACUGACAGCUGAUGGCAGGAGCGCAAUUGGUAUUUGUCGGAGGUUAACAAGAGCAAAAGACUACAAUACAAAGAUGGAGCAGGGUCAAGAAUCAAAUAAAGAUAGGCUGUGUAUAGAUAUUCUAGAGAGGGAGAUGAUGCGGAAUCCUAUGGCGGUGGAAGAUGCCGUCACCUCGCCUUUGUUGGCAGAUGAUCUUCACAUGAAGCUUCUCUACCUGGAAAACAGAGUUGCAUUUGCUAGAUUGUUCUUUCCUGCUGAAGCCAAGGUCGCCAUGCAAAUCGCACAAGCAGACACCACAGAAGAAUUCGGCGGUAUAGUUGCAGUUGCAGCAAGCACUUCUGGUAAACUGAGGGAGGUGGACCUUAAUGAGACGCCAGUGACACAAAACAAAAGGCUCCGUUCAAGGGUAGAUGCACUGAUGAAAACAGUGGAGCUGGGCCGUCGGUACUUCCCGAACUGCUCGCAGGUGCUGGACAAGUUCCUGGAGGACGAUCUGCCGGAAGGUCUGGACCAGUUCUACCUCCAGAGGGGCACAGCCGAUGAGCAGAAGGUGAAGAGGAUGCGCUUCUGCGAGCUGAAAGAGGACGUGCUGAAGGCGUUUAGCAAGGACAAGGCGGAGGGCAGCGUGUUCUCGGGCCUGUCCUCGUCGUCGUCGUGCUCGCCGCCCCAGAAGUAUGCCCAGAGGUGAUCAAGGCACCAGUUUUUGCCGUAUAGUUUGUUAUCAUGGUCUUCGAGACUUGGACCCGGACAGCAUAUAGGGACAUGUACACCUGUGUAUGUAUAGUGCUUACAAUUGGCGUAAGUAGAACUAUAUGUAUGGAACAUAAGGAAACAUGGCAGGAACACCGUGCAAAAAGAUGAAAAGAU